UUAUCUCAUCUGCCAACUGUCCUUCGGAAAGGCAUCCUCCGGGCUGCAUCAACACACACAAUGACAGCAACAUCCAUCCAGCCAUUCAUCCAGCCAUUAGUUCAUCUUCCUGCGCUGACUGGAGUAGGUGCAGGUCGGAAAGAACCAUGAUGCGGAUGGUCUUGGCCGUCGCUAGGUGGUCCGUGGACGGCGGGGGCGGCAGCACCACGCGCUUGGUACUCUUGUUUUUGUGGUGGGCGAUGAGGGCAUCGGCGUGCACCGUGCCGUCAUCAGCCUUGUCGGCCACGCUAUCGGCGAUGGUCAACACACCCCCAAAAGCAAACAGCAACAAAAAAGCCCUCAUCGUUUUCCC